AGGGCUGCAUCUAAGCCUCCUUUUCCCUCUUCCAGAUGCUGUCAACAGUGCUGAAUAUCAUCAUCUUUGAGGACUGCAGGAACCAGUGGUCAAUGUCUCGGCCUCUGCUCGGCUUGAUACUACUCAACGAGAAGUAUUUCUCUGACUUGAGGAACAGCAUAGUGAACAGCCAGCCUCCGGAGAAACAGCAGGCGAUGCACCUCUGCUUCGAGAACCUCAUGGAAGGCAUCGAACGCAACCUCCUAACCAAGAACAGGGACAGGUUUACGCAAAACCUGUCGGCGUUCCGGCGAGAGGUGAACGACUCCAUGAAGAAUUCCACCUACGGAGUCAACAGCAACGACAUGAUGAGCUGACGUCUCCCAGCUCCACCUGUACAGAGCAGCAUCUCUUUGGCCUGGCCCAGAGGGGUUACCGUUUCCGAUGGAAAGAAAAGAGGGCGUUUCUAAUCCCUGCUCUUCCCCAGGGCUGGACUGCGGCGCUCGCUUUGGCCGUACUCCACGUCCCGAGGGAGGAGGGAACAGGAGGGGUGGUUGAGCUCACCGGGGCAGGGUGCUUCUGUUUCCGUGGGAGGGGGUGGAAGGGCAAAAGCCAGGUGCAAGAAUCCAGCGUCUCCCUACCCGAACGUCUGCGUGGAACGCCAGCGCUCUGCUGCAGCCUGCCUUGUAUAAACAUGUACAUUUUUUCAUAACAUUUUGAACAAGGUUUAUAUUGACUCAGUUUAAAAAAAAAAAAAAAAAAAAAGUGUGAUUGAAAUUUUUACAGAGUCCUGGUGCACCGGUGCUGGCGUGAGGGUUGUGUAUGCAAGUGAGGAAAGCGUGUCCUGCAGGCCUGAAGCUUUACUGGGCGAGGGGUGGGUGUGUGAAAGUGCAGAGAUAUAUUUAGUGACAAGCGUAGAGAGAAGCAAAAAAAAAAUAAAUAAAAAACCAACAAAAAAAAAAAAGACAACAGAAAAGCAUUGUAAAAUUCCAAAUGUAUAUUUUUUCUUAUUAAGCCCCUCGAAAUCACGACUUCCUGUUACCGUCUUGCCCUUGUUAUUAGGAACUCUAAGCCAUGCCGCGUGAUCUUCUUCAUUCGUGCUUGCUCGUGGGUGUCUCUCCCGUCCCCCCGGUGUAGCAGUACCCGCUGUCCCCUCGUCCCCCCGCUGCCACCCGGGUCCUCGCCUCCCCUCCGGGCGAGCCCCGGGGCUGGCACCGCGCUGGGCGCCCGCUCCCCGGCCUCUGCUCCUUUUUUUUUCUUUCCCCCAUCUCAGUCAAGCAGGAGGCACAGGAGGAAUUGCCGGGCUGAGGGCGAGCUUCGUCGUGCUCCCGGCCACCGAGCAGCGAGCGUGAGCAGCGCGUGGGUGCUCGGCCGGGGCACGGGGCUGCUGCCCGGGGUUCUUAAUAACAAGGUUUGCCUAGCAUGAAGUAUUUAACACCCCCCCCUCCCCUUUAAAAUGAUUCCAUUUUUUUCUAAGUCACCAUAAUAAAUGUUUUGGAUAUAAAAUUUACUUACAGAGGAAAGCUGAUGGGGGAGGGAACCUGUUUGCCUUGUACUUUUUCCACUAUUGUUGCUGCUAGUCGUGUGCAUUCUCUUGCUCAGCUCUACCCACAGACGCUCAGUCCUUAGGGUUUCAGUUUCUCUUCCCAGACACCACCUAACUCUUAAUUUCCCCCCCCCCCUUUUUUUUUUUUGUUCUUUCCUCUGGCGAUUGUGUGUUGGGUCCUUUUUUCGCGUGAGCAGAUUGCUGGUUGACUUGUAAGGGUGUUUGCUGCAUACAGUGUAAGCAUUGUGACUGCAAAUAAACUUCAAUGGUU